GUGCUCCCCUACUCCGUGAGCUCGCCGUCAUAUUCUUCACGCUGGGAUGAGAUACCCCUUAUGUGCAUGUACCCGUCUUUGGAGGAGGUCGGAUACACAGCGAACGAGAGACUGCAGAGCGCCGCCACCAUGAGGAAAUUACUCGCUCUUGCUGUUGUAACUACUGCCUCACUGUGCGUCUUCCCCGCUGUCAGGGGAGACUGCAGCAGUGUGACGUGCAGCUCCUUCGGGUACGUGGAAAUCCCAUCGGGAGGGGGAGAGUGUGCCUUCUGCCUCAGCGGUAAUUCGGCGCCAUCAUGCCCUGGAAUCAACUGUAAUGGGGAACCAUUCACGACUACCACUGGUGCAACUACUACUACUACGACUACGCCACCAACUACCACUACAACACCGCCUAUCACAACUACCACUACAACACCGCCUACCACAACUACCACGACAACACCCCCAACCACAACCACAACCACAACCCCGCCUACUACCACUACAACACCACCUGUAACCACCACCACAACCCCACCUACCACACCACCUGUAACCACCACAACACCACCUGUUACUACCACAACACCACCUGUUACUACCACAACCCCACCCGUAACCACCACAACACCACCCGUAACUACCACCACCACGACACAACCCAUCACCACCACCACCACACCACCCGUGACCACCACCACACCACCUACCACAGUUCCUCCUUCCACGACCGCCCCUUGUGAAAAGUCCACCUGUGCGGACAAGACCAUCGGCCUAUACCCAUACCCACUCUGCGACUGUCAGCGUUAUUACACCUGCACCAAGCCUGCGUCUGGAGGCAGUCUGAUCAAGCACGAGUACACGUGCUUGGGUAACUACGUCUUCGACAAAGAUCUGACCAAAUGCGUCGCAGAUACGACCGCUUGUCCGCACGCCUAGGCGGAGGGGAACGAUCGUUUCCUGACUACUCUGUUAUUUUUAUAUUAUUAUUAUUAUCAUUAUUAUUAUUAUUAUUAUUAUUAUUAUUAUUAUUAUUAUUAUUAUUAUUAUUAUUAUUAUUAUUAUUAUUAUAAUUAUUAUUAUGUCGUUGGCUUCUCACCAACGUUCUUGUUUAUGGAAGUAAUUGAAAAAAAAUUGAUUAUAUCAUUAAUUAUGUAUGUGAUUUCUUCUGUUUAUGAUUCCCCCCUUUUUUUUUCUUUUCUCUUCUCUUCUUUUCCCCAUCGAGUUUCGUACUUGAUGAAGGAAGAUUUAGAUUAAACAUUUUAUGAGUUCUAAUGAAGCAUAUUGGAUUCUGUGACAA